UCGGGGCCGCUGCAGGGGAAGAGCCGCCACCCGGAGAUCGCAGCGCCCGUCUGCCCCCGCCAUGUCGGACUUCGACAGCAACCCCUUCGCCGACCCGGACCUCAACAACCCCUUCAAGGAUCCUUCUGUUACACAGGUGACAAGAAAUGUUCCUCCAGGACUUGAUGAGUAUAAUCCUUUCUCCGAUUCAAGAACACCUCCUCCAGGAAAUGUGAAAAUACCUAAUGUACCCAGUACCCAGCCAGCAAUAAUGAAACCAACAGAAGAAUCACCUGCUUACACACAAAUUGCAAAGGAGCAUGCCUUGGCCCAGGCAGAACUGCUAAAGCGUCAAGAAGAACUGGAGAGAAAAGCAGCUGAACUAGAUCGCAGAGAAAGGGAAAUGCAGAGUCUCAAUCAGCAGGGGGGUAGAAAAAAUAACUGGCCACCUCUUCCUGAGAACUUUCCAGUAGGUCCCUGUUUCUAUCAGGACUUUUCUGUAGACAUUCCCGUAGAAUUCCAGAAGACAGUAAAGAUUAUGUACUAUUUGUGGAUGUUCCAUACAGUGACACUGUUUCUUAAUAUCUUUGGAUGUUUGGCCUGGUUUUACGUUGAUGCUACGCGAGGGGUUGAUUUUGGAUUGAGUAUUCUCUGGUUCUUGCUUUUUACCCCUUGUUCUUUUGUCUGCUGGUACAGACCACUUUAUGGAGCUUUCAGGAGUGACAGUUCAUUCAGGUUCUUUGUGUUCUUCUUUGUAUAUAUCUGUCAGUUUGCUGUACAUGUACUUCAAGCUGCAGGAUUUCAAAGAUGGGGAAACUGUGGGUGGAUUUCAUCUCUUACUGGUCUUAAUAAGAGUAUUCCUGUUGGCAUUAUGAUGAUAAUCAUAGCUGCACUUUUCACAGCAUCUGCUGUUAUCUCAUUAGUUAUGUUUAAAAAGGUGCAUGGUCUUUACCGCACGACUGGUGCUAGUUUUGAGAAAGCGCAGCAGGAGUUUGCAACAGGAGUGAUGUCCAACAAAACUGUACAAACAGCUGCAGCUAACGCCGCAUCAACAGCAGCAACCAGUGCAGCUCAAAACGCGUUCAAGGGUAACCGAAUGUAGAGGAAUGUACAAAGUCAUCACAGUUCUCUUCGAUUGUACUUUAUUUUGCAGUCACUUACUAUAUUCCCUAAAAGCCUAGAUCAAAAUUCACACAGCAUGUUUGUCUCUUCUGCAGCUGUGCAUGGGUAAAAUGGGAAGUGUUUGGUUUAUUUUAUUACAAAUUUAUUUAUUUUAAAAAGAUAACCAUUCUUUGCCCUUUUUUAUGGAGGAUAAGUAAUUUCAGCAAUUGGCCUGAGAAUGAAUUGUGGUAUGUAAGGAUCAAAUAAAUAUAUUAUGAAUUUAGAAGGUUUUUUAGUGGUUCACUCCAGUAUUUUUUUUAACUUCAGGAAAGCACUUUGGAUCAAUUGUUUUUCUUCCUAAGAACUGUUUUCCCUAUUUCUUUCUACUAUAAGAAGUGGGGUAGACUGGAAGAUACGUAACGUUAGGUUUGGCUACUGCUUUUGCAAUUUCAGCGGCUGCUGGAGGACAAAUACAAGUAGGGUAGAUAUUACAAAUUCUUUUCUUGGGUUUUUUUUAGGAUAAGUCUUUUGAUAUAAACCUGUAAGUUUGCAUGAAUACUGUUGAGUUACCAGAUCUUGUUUAACUAGUGUUUUGGUCUAGAAUUUACCUGCGCCACUUUAUAAUUAUAGCAUUUGUUUGUAUCUAUUUUCAUGAAGUAUUCUCUACCUGUGAGAAAUUACUAUGGUGCACAAACAUUCUCUGUAAUAGAAUGUGUAAUGCAGUGUACAGUUUAAGGAAGUUGACUGAUGGUUUCAAUCACAGAGCUAAAUGAUUAUAUAUUUGCUAUUUUUAAUUUCAGUAUUCAUGUCUUGGGGUAAUAGUCUUGCUGGAAAAGAAACCAAUAUUGACUUUUAGAACACUAGUAGUUUCUUGCCCCCCUCCCCUUUUUUACGUGCAGUGGUAUUUUUGUUGUAUUUGGGAUUUUUUGGGGGUUCGUUGGUUUUUUUUAAGUGUAGAUCUGUGUUUAACAGUGGUACUAAAUUUCUAGCCUAGUCAGUCACUCUGUUUAGUGCUUGUCCGAAAACCUAAAUACGCAGUAUUUAAUUUUCUAACAGGAAUAUUGUUUAAAACCAAGCUUUUUAAGCAAUGGCAUUUAACAGAUACUUGAAUUCAUUUUAACGUUAACUCAGCCAUCUCUGUGAUGUGAUUUAAGCUGGGGGAAAAAAAGCUUUUAAACUAUUUUGAGUUGGCAAAGUGAGACAUUUUCAUCUUUAACAAAGUUAAAUUUUAACUCAUUGAAUUGGAGGCCUAAAAGGUUAAACUGGUGCUGUGGACGUGGACAAUCCAUAAUGGUACAUACCAUCUUAAUAUUCUAGAAUAUAAUCAUGUCUUAGCAUAACGUCAUGUUUCUCUCCUUUGAAGACUAUUUAUAUUCUUGGAUUGCCUUAUGAGUCUUACGCAGAAUAUUUGGGCUGUUUUUUCAAACUCUGUUUCAGAAGGUGCAAACAGGAAGGACCACAUCCCACAACCUGUAUAAGCAUACACUGUGGCUGAAAUGAAUUCAGCUCUUAAGGUGAAUCACCUUCAGUGAGACAGCAUAAAAUUCGGAGGCCCCACCAUGUUCUGAUGUGGACCAACUGUCAUAGAUUCUUUUUCACUACACUGUAUUCAUAAUAACAGAAGAGCAUUACAAAAAAUAAAACCCUUAGUUAAUCCCUGGGUCAGUAUUGUACUGUUGGCAUGAAGUCCCUAUUAGUCUCCUUUCUUUUACUAAUUUCUUUAAAUCCAACUUGAAUUUGGAUAAAUAUAGUAGUUUCACCUAUGCUGAAGUUCAUAUUCAUGAAUAUACUUGCUUCUAAAUGUUCUCUGCAUCAUAAAGUUAAAAGCAAUUUAAAUAUUCUGUGUAAUAGGGGCUCUAAAAUUUCAUAGUAGUGGACAUGCUAGCGUUGAACUUAAAUUUGUGUGGAACAUUAUUAAAAGCUUUCCAGAUAAAAGCCACCCUUUUCUGUUGAGAUCAGGCAUCAUCCUUCUAGCAGCUGUAUAUCAAGAUUAUUCUUUUCAUCAUCUUUUAAACUUAACUUGAGGGUUGUAUCUAGGAACUCUACUAUGGAUUACUUUAAAAUCUAAAUUUAAGCAAUUCUCUUGGUAUCUUAUGAAUAGGAAUCCUAGGGACAUCAUCCUUGCAACUUAAGUUGAAGAUUGCAUACUAACAUACAUUACCACAAUAUAUUAUGGAAAAAACCAUUAGGAAUAAAACCUGAAUUUGGCAGGUAGAUUUUUUUCCCAAAUGUUUAAAGGCUCUUUGAGAAAACAUAAUUAAUGUUCUAUGUAUAGGGAGUGUUGAUUUGUAACGUCAUGGGUUGAAUGUAUGGAUUUAAAACUCCUAAGUGAAAUUCAAGGUUCAGUUACAAGUGAAUUGUUUAAACCAGAAAUCUCUGACACUUUGCAGCCCAAAAGGGAGGGAGGAGUUUAGCUUUGCAACAGAAGGCUGAUAUUUGUUAAAAAUAUUUUGUACCUAAUGAAAACUAGAUUUUAUAGUCUCUUAUUAAUUAAUCAGAGUAUGGCACCCACUUAAGUUAUCAUUUUGUAGUAUUGUGGCAAAUCGAGUACAAAGUAUGAAGUUUAAACACUGGAAUGUCAGUAGUCAUUGAUCUGUAAUUUAGGAGCUGGUUUUAUUUAUCUGAGGGAUGUUUGUAUAUUUUGUAAAUUACUAACAAUGCUCUGCCGUCCUAGUGAAUGUCAUGGUUCUGUACAAAUGCACUUCUUUUGUUCCUCUGUUGCAUGUCUGAGUAGUUACGAAGUUUUGUAUAUUUAUUGUAUUAACACUGUGUCAUAGAAUAAAAAAAAAGACUUUUUUCCUGGG